CCCGGUGCGAAUUCGGCGCUGGGAGCGGCGGGCGAUGCUGGACGUGCGCGAAAGUGGGGAGCGGCAAGAGGUCGGUGGCGCGUCUCCCCGUCUCGGAGCCCGCCCGUCGCCGCCGGGGCCGUCCGCGCCUCGGACCUCCUCCGCCCCCCCCCGGGACCGCGGCUUCUUCCAGGUGACGGGGCGGCCGCCGCUGCAGCCUGGGGUCCGGCAAUGCCGUUUGGCUGUGUGACACUGGGAGACAAGAAGGACUAUAACCAGCCCUCUGAGGUGACCGACAGAUAUGACUUGGGGCAGGUCAUCAAAACGGAGGAAUUCUGUGAGAUUUUCCGGGCCAAGGAGAAGGCGACAGGGAAGCUGCACACCUGCAAGAAAUUCCUGAAGCGUGAUGGGCGCAAAGUGCGCAAGGCGGCCAAGAACGAGAUCAUCAUUCUCAAAAUGGUCAAGCACCCCAACAUCCUGCAGCUGGUGGACGUUUUUGUGACUCGCAAAGAGUAUUUCAUCUUUCUGGAGCUGGCCACAGGCCGGGAGGUGUUUGACUGGAUCCUGGACCAGGGCUAUUACUCGGAGCGCGAUACCAGCAAUGUUGUGCGCCAGGUUCUAGAGGCCGUGGCCUACCUGCACUCCCUGAAGAUAGUGCACCGCAACCUCAAGCUGGAGAAUCUGGUAUACUACAACCGGCUGAAGAAUUCCAAGAUUGUCAUCAGUGAUUUUCACCUGGCCAAGCUGGAGAAUGGGCUCAUCAAGGAGCCCUGCGGGACCCCGGAGUACCUGGCUCCGGAGGUGGUAGGCCGGCAGCGGUACGGACGGCCUGUGGACUGCUGGGCUAUCGGCGUCAUUAUGUAUAUCCUGUUGUCAGGGAACCCACCUUUCUACGAAGAGGUGGAGGAGGACGACUACGAGAACCACGACAAGAACCUUUUCCGCAAGAUCCUGGCUGGGGACUACGAGUUUGACUCUCCAUACUGGGAUGACAUCUCACAGGCGGCCAAAGAACUGGUGACCCGCCUGAUGGAGGUGGAGCAGGAUCAGAGGAUCACGGCUGAGGAGGCCAUCUCCCACGAGUGGAUUUCGGGCAAUGCUGCUUCAGACAAAAACAUCAAGGACGGGGUCUGCGCCCAGAUUGAAAAGAACUUUGCCAGGGCCAAGUGGAAGAAAGCCGUGCGAGUGACCACGCUAAUGAAGCGUCUGCGGGCCCCAGAGCAAGCCGUCCCAGCCACGGACACUGCCACGUCGGCUGCCGCGAGUGGCUCCGCCUCGGCCCCCGAGGGCGGCGCCGCUCCAGCCCCCGAGGGCGGCGCCACGCCGGCCACCGACGGCAGCGCCACGCCGGCCACCGACGGCAGCGCCACGCCGGCCACCGACGGCAGCGCCACGCCGGCCACCGAAGGGAGCGUCACCCCGGUCCCGGAGGGGAGCGCCACGCCGCCCACCGACAACAGCACCACGUCCACUGUCAAGGCAGCCCCGGCCCCUGUGCCCGCCCCGGCCGAGCUGGACAGCACAGGCACGGUUGGCGUGAUGGCCCAGGCCACUCCCACGUGUAAUGGAGACGAGGUCGCCAGCCCCGCCCCGGAGGCUCGGAGCGAGGAGACUGGCUGAGCCGGUGGGGAGAGAGAGAGAGAGAGAGGGAGAGAGAAGGAGAGAGAGAGAGAGAGAGCGAGAAGGAGAGAGGGAGGGA